UUUGGGUGCUAACGGCUUUAACGGUUUUAACGGUUUUUAACCGGCGGCGCUAUUGUUGUUUUGAACUUUAGCCGUUGGAGAUAAACUGCUAGUAGCAGUUAGCUAGGGCGCGACAACACUGAUAACCUUAUUGUUGCUACCUCCUCUUCAAAUGAAUCACCAUUUGAACCUGGAUACGUAUUGAUAACUACAGAUUCUUAUGAAGGCUGGAGAUGACGGGACUUUGAGACAUGUGUCCUCUCCUCGGACUCAGCUGUGCUUCUUCUGCACCGAGUCUCUCUCUGGCAAAGAAACACAUCCACGAGAGCCACCGCUGAUCUGAUCUAGAUGGACGACCCAGACUGACCGGUUAUCUUCUCUUGAGACUUAACAGUAGCAACAAUGUCUGUCUCCACGGUUUUGGCAAAGGCGCUGUUUGACAACGCAGCAGAGAGCCCCGAGGAGCUGGCUUUCCGGAAGGGCGACAUACUGAUGGUUCUUGAGCAGGAGCAGGGUGGCGGGCCGGGCUGGUGGCUCUGCUCCCUGCACGGCAGACAGGGUAUCGCCCCUGCCAACCGUCUUCGACUCCUCCAGACCGCCCCACCCCCAGGCUCGGACCCCCGUCGUGUCCCCAGUGAGGACUCAGUCUACCUUUCGCCUGUCCCCCCACUGGCUCGGACUGCUGUCAGCAGUAGUGCAGAGGACAUAGACGGAGUGUAUCGCUCCCCGCCAGGUGUUGGUGAGGGACGAGGAGCUGCCUCGAGGCCCGGGGAGCUCCGCAGAGUCGAGGUAGGGCGUCCGCGCUCGCACUCCAGCUCUGGCACCCGGCCCAGACCUGACUGGGAUUUAGGAGUGGCGGGGCGUCCACGCUCGCCUUCUCUGAGAGGACGAGGCACAGAAAUAACGGGAACACUUUAUCAGACUCCAGUAAGUCCCUUGCCUUCAGCAGCGCAGCAUGCCAGACAGCCAGGAGCUUCAGAGUCGGUGUAUCUCGCCCCCACUGGAGUUCCAAGGGCAGCUGAUGAACCAGAGGACACUACAUAUCUAGUUCCUAGAGAAACACUAACAACGGGACAGUCUGACGAUUGUUACUUGGUGCCCAAAGGUACACCACUAGCAGGGGACGAUGUUUACCAGUCCCCAACAGGAGGAGUUGUGGGCACUGCUGUGUGCUCUAACGGCCCCAGCGGAACACCCGCUACCCCCCAGCCGAAAGUGAGCCAGGACACACCUGGGUUGUACCAAACACCCACCGCUGUGGGAGCAAGCCUUCACAGGACUUCAGCCACAGUUUUGGCCCACCAGCACCCAUCUCAAUUAUCCCCAGUCCAAGCAUCGCCCAGAUCCCUGCUCAAGGGAAUUUCACCCAACCCUGCUGUCGCCAGGGGCAAACCCGGCCUGGCCUGCCACCGGGGGUCUCCUUUGCUGGUCAGAGCCGGGCAGGCCAGGGUUCCUGGAUCACCAAACUUUGCCCGCAAACCUCCCCCACCAGCACCCCCAGUGAGGGGAGUCACCAGGAAAGAUGCAGCAGCUGAUUCUAACUCUGUCCCUAAACCCACUGCUCAGGUCACUUCUGCAAGCCUGCAGCAAGAAGAGGACAAACAGAAGGAGGAAAGGAUGAAUAAUGGCCUGGAGAAAAGCAACAACGUGCAGAACAAAAAAGGAGACUCAGAUGCUGUGGAAGACCAGGUGUAUGAUACUCCUCCCACUGGCAGGUGGCAGCGUCCAAUCCAAUCUUCCCUCAGUGAUGAUGUUGAUGGCAUCUAUGACACCCCUCGCAGUGUCCCACCACAAGCUGAUUCUGAGAAUGAGGUCUAUGAUGUCCCCACCAUCACUCUCAAUGUGUCCACAUCAGAUAUCCAGCCUGAUGAAGUUGAUGACGAUGUAUACAGCGUUCCUACACUUCCAGGUGUGCCUCUGGGCCCAGGGGAGUCCAACAUCUCCGUCGAGGACGUUGGACAGGUCUAUCGUGUCCCCGGACCUGAGAAACGAGCCAGCGGUGGAGGUCUUAACUGGGACUCUUCUGAGCCAGACUGCGGCAUCUACGACAUGCCUGCGUUGACUGCUGAAGUCCUCCCUCACUCUCUGUCAUCCUCCUCCACCUCUACUCGCCGCCUCUCUGUUUCUAGCAACGGUUCGGGUGACGUGCAGUGGAGAGCCACGCUUUCCAGCCUCGUCCACUCGGUGCUGAGCACCGCCUCAUGCUCGGCGACUGCUCUGUCGUCGCGGGACCUCGCCACCUCGCUGGCUGAAAUCCUGUCCACCUGGAAAGCGUGCCAUUCAGACGAUCCUCCGCCGCCUCUUCAGCAGGUGUGGAGUCGUCUGUCAGACCUCCUGCCGGCGUUAUCCGCCAUUGGCAACGCUCCACCAUCUGAAGGGCUGUUGACACUGGUCCAGCGCUCCCUAGAGGAAAGCGCCCUUCUCUUGCAGGCUCAGGGCCGACCACGUUUGCCUUCCCAAGAUUCCCUGUCCCGCAGGCCAUUGCCCGCGCUCCCAGUGCCUGAUGGGAAAUCCUCAGGAGGUGGGAUGGGCUCCCGUAAAGGUAGCUGGAUCCAGGAGCGACCCCUGCCCCCGACCCCUCAGCCUGCCUUCCCCUUGCCUCCCACUCUGUCCACUGUGACGCUGACAGUGGGACCCUUAGAUGGAGAAGACGACCCCAGCAAUGAGUAUGCAGGGAUCGGCUUGACUCCCAUCCCUGCACCAGUACCCACUGGAGACAGUGUUGGAUACGUCAAGCUGCAGGGUAAACCUGAGCCACUUCCUGAUGUCCUGGGUGAGAACGGACACAUGCACACCAUCACUGCAGACCCAACGUUGACCACAUCCCCUCCACUUCCCAUGUCCCUCUCCCUGGAGGACUCGGAGCUGCUGUCCUUUUACUCGUCUCAGAGCCUCGCUCACCUCUCCUGCCUGGCGGACGCCAUCGACGUGCUCUUCAGCAGCGUGCAGGGGAACCAGCCGCCCCGCAUCUUCGUCGCCCGGGGAAAGAGCCUCAUUGUGACGGCGCACAAACUGGUGUUUAUCGGGGACACGCUCUCCCGCCUUCUCACCUCCGCCGACCUCCGGGCCAAGAUCACAACCUCAGGGGGACGACUCUGUCAGGCCUUGAAGUCAGUUGUCGUGGCAACAAAGGGCGCCGCACAAAACUACCCGUCAGUAUCCGCCACACAGGAGAUGGUGGACCGCGUCGCCGAGCUCUCCCAGCAAGCGGCCGGCUUCUCCACUCUGCUCCAGCGCCUGGCAGAAAUAUCUUCAUGAUAUUUCAUAUCACUUGCAUAAAAAAAAACUUUGUUUACACUACACAUAUAUUUUCUCUUUUUGAAAUGCCUUAUUUGUUGUUGAGACUCUUUCGUUACUUUUCAUUUGAAUGGGAUUGAAGCAAGCGAAGCCUUGCGACGGCUGUUACUAAGGUGGGUUGUGAUUGUUGGUUUUGUCCUCCAAGUGUGUGUUGGUUUGCCUUUUGUUUAUAUACUGACCUCCGUGCUUUGAUGCCAGGCACACUUGUCUUUUUUUGAGUGUUAACUUAUUGAAUAUUUGAGGUCUCUCCGUGGCUUUGAGUGUCUGUGCAGACUGUUUAUCUUGGGAACUUUGCUUUAUUAUGUUUGCCAUAUUUUCCUUCCCUCACAUGAUAGCCAUUUUCCUUCCUUCCUCUAUUUAUUUAGCCAUCCCCCCUAUUCCAAAAAUAGCACAGAAGGAGGCCCAACAUCCUGGUUGUGGCCUACUUCUUACUGUUAACCUGAAAGGCCUUUUGUGAUCAUCAUUCUGAAGCUGUUGAAGCAGCAUAUCAAGUGUUUUUGGGCUUAAUAUGGAAGAAAUGGAAUAAGACGUGGAGUAGGAAGUGUGCCCGACUUCCAUUCUUAAUCUGUGCAAGUAUGUAUGUUCGUGUAGUACCCAUUUCCACUACAGCUUGUAAUCCACUAAAUGAGGAUAACAAUCUCUCAAUACAUGUUCAUUCUACGUUCAUGCAGGCGUACACACCUCAUGAAGAAUAAUUAAGCUCCUGUCUGACAGGGGAGAUACUAUUUGAGCGUCUGAGAGUGAGUAAUGAUAGUUGGGUGAGAAAUUGCCUAAUCCUGUUCUUUCCCACAGUCACGUGGUCGCCUGGCAACGGAUAACAAACCUGUUGGCCGAGCUCACCUGCCUCCACAUGUCUUGUUAUGAUCUGCAUGCUUCUUUGAUUUUCAUUUCCCAUAAGAUUCUUAACCCCUGUCAACAGUGCUCACUCACAUCUGCUUUAAUCGUUUCAAGUCAGGGAGAAACUAAGGCUGGGUAUGAUGCAUACAUAUAUUCAUUAAUAAUGUAAAGCAUGGCAGUGGAACACAAUGUUCUGAACAUCAGGUCCUUUAUUUUACACAAGUUUACACUACUUUCCAGAUAUAUCGUAUUACUGCCCAGCCCUAGUAGAAACUGUGAAAUGCAACAGCCCACUUUUUUGAUUGAAAUGGAGGAAUUUUGCAUUUUAAAUCCAACAAAACGCAUACGGUUUUCCAUCUGGGACCAUUAUAUUACUUCAUUUAUGCCAGUUAUCAGAUUUAAUAUGUUAGUCUGUGCACAAACAGCUCCGAAACAUGUUCAGUAUGAAGCUGUGUCGGACUGGAAGGUGAACAAAUACGAUGCUUCACAUUUACACUACAAAUCUUUACUCUACAAAGGUGCUCUACAAAGUUGGAUUAUAAUACUUAAAAGGAUCUAUCUUCUGUAUCGUCAGUCAUAAUGCUUCACCUUACAUUCUAGUUUUAUUUUUCACAUCCAAGUCAGCAUCAUCAGGGCAUUGUAUAAUCAUUUUCUCAGUUGCGUGGCUCGGUUUAAAUAAUUAUUUGAGGAAUACUGUAUCUUCCUUUACAUCUCCUUUGCUGGAGUGCCACCUAGGUGAGGUUUGAAGUAUUACUUAACGAAUACCUGCCUGCCAAAACAGGCUCUAUACUGUAUGUAUGAAGAGAGCAUGAUCGGCAAGUAACCUUUAGCAGUAUAUUUAUUACUGUCAAUUUUUAUGUUCUUUGCUUUCCAGUUUGCAUGGCUUUAAUUUGCUUACAUUUUAUAUAUGCACAUCCUUCACCAUGGGGUGAUUUUACUGGGUAAUUUACAAUGAACGUUUUAUUUCUGAAAAAUAUAUAACAGUUCAAAAACUGUUUUUUUUUCUUUUGUACAAGAAAGUUUUUUACACUACGUGAACUCAUUUGAGUCUGUUAUCGGUAUUUGCUGAGGUAUAGAAGUGACUUUUUUUCCUACAGUAAUACACCUCUUUACUUUUAACACUACAUUUGAUGUCUGUCUUGUAUUCCUGUUCCGAAUCCACAAAUACAUCUUUUGCAAUUAAACAAA